AUGUUUUUAUCGAGCAUCGUUUUGCUGUCUCUGAGUAGUGCGGCACAGGCACGGUGCGAUCUUUCUCACUACAUUACAUACAAAAGCUUCUACACGGCAAUGUACGAAUGUGGUCAAUACUUCGAAAUUUGCAACAAUACCCUGGAUCAAUACAUCUAUAACGGAUAUCCCAGUACACCGGAAGUGAUGCGAUUAAUUCAUUGUGCGUGCGUGAAUACUGGUGCCUGGAAUGAUAAUACCGGUGUGAGGAAGAACGUGUUUCAAUUUUUGUUCAAACCCAACGAGCAUGACACCGAGUACGAGGAUAGAACUCAGUGCUGUUUGGACAAGAUUUGUAAGGACGGAUACGAUCAAAACUACCUAGCGUACGAAACAUUCAGCUGUUAUUAUCAACAAUAUGGGCGCCUAGUGAAGAACGAAGUAUUCGUUCCGUUGGAAGAACUUGAAUUCUUUCAGCUAAUGACGUUUAUCGCUAAGAUCCUGCUUGUUAGUAAGGAGAAGCUGAUCCAAUUUUCUCAGGGUGAUUUCCUGAAUGAUCCCGUGUUCAAGCAAGCUCUGUAUAUAACAGCCAUACGGCAGGGAUCUUAUAGCUUGGAAAAAGGAUUCAUAAUGGAGGUUGGAUACGCGCAAUACAACAUUCCUGAGCUGUUUGCGCCAUGUACUAGGCAGUGUGUUAUCGAUGCGUCUGCUGAAUACAGCCAACUCCCCGUCGACGAUUUAGUAUACAAGGUCUAUAAAAAGUGCCUCCACUCGCUUGUGGAUCCUAUACUAGUGGGAUAUUUUAAAGCUAUUUUGCGUGAAAAGGCAUGUGGAAUGCUGACUUCGUACUGA